ACGUCUUUUGGGUCAAACAAGUCCGCUGCUUCCUGUGGAGGAGACGAUUGCUUCUCCCAUUCUGUCGUCAUCCCUCAUCGCCCAAUUCCUAUGUGAGUAGAUCUUCCUAGUGUCUAUUCCCCGAUUAACCUCUCGAUUUUUCGCCUUCCUCUUUUUAUGGUCUCGCCGGGAAGUAGAGUUUUAGGGCAACCCAUUUUCCUGUGGUCCAGGAGCGGCGGUGGGAGCCUAGCGGAAGCAAGAAGAAGGCGUCUUUAGUUCCCUCGAUCAAUAUUCGGGCGGCUGUUUUGGGGAUCUGAAGGCGUGGAGAUGGCGGCGCUGAAUUUCCAUCUUCCAAAACUUGAGAACUAGGUUGACAAAGUUCCCCUUGAACAACAUUUUAAGGUUGUACACAAAAGUAGAAGCUAAGGGAAAGCAAUCGUACUGAACUCCUUUUGAAUACCCUGAAGCUUUGUGCACUAAUAUGGAGCCCUCUAAUUCCAAGGAUGAAUCCCAUCAAAUCUCCGGGUCACCAUUACGUCAAGGUCCUGUUCCUCAUAGAGUCACCACAGAGUCUCCUGUUCAAGGGCAAGGGUAUCAGUUGACCUCUAGCGAGCAAAAGAGGGGCGGAAGAACAGGGAUUGGAUCAGAGGAUAAAGUUGAACGCUCUCCACUUCAUCCUCAUCAAGUGAAAGCAUCAAGUAGAACUGAUGCAUCAUCUCCCUUCAGGGGUUCUUCAGAAGGUACAUCGAGAAUGAGGACAGGCGGUCGAGGUGAUGAAACACCAGACAAAGGGUCAUCUGUACCGAAAUUUGGUGAGUGGGAUGAGAGCAAUCCUGCUUCAGCUGAUAGUUUCACAGGAAUAUUUGAGAAAGUGAGGGAGGAGAAAAAGCAUGGUUCAGCAAAAUCUCCCAUGAUAUCUAAUGAUAUUAUCUAUGUGAAUGAUCGUGAUAGUGGUGGGUCUAUGAGUUGUUGCUUUUGGUGGUGCAAGAAGUAAACAGAUCUUGAAAAUGAAUCAUUACUGCCAGACCGCAGACCGUGAAUAUCCCCACUCUACACCAAAUAGUCGGGGUUCAUGGCUUAUUGUUGUAUAUCGUGAAUGUGUUUGGAAGUUGCUAUUGUAUGGCACACUGUGCAUGAGUACCAGGAUAUAUCCAGCAUCUCUUUUUAAUUAUUUGUGCCCUCUCUGAUGAAGACAUUGUAUUAUAACCUAUUUGAGAUUCUUUCAGAAGUGUGUGGUGAGUGUGGUGAAGAGGGCCUUCUGUGUAUUGGAUAUAUGCUUUUGUUCUUUCCUUGAUCGGAACAUGAUCGUCUAAUACCAUUUAUGCUCUUUCCUCGUGUGGUGAAA